AUGUCCUCCUCCACCACCACCACAACACAAAUCAAGCCGAGCAGAGAAGGCCAACAAGGUCGCCGCUUCCGGACGGGUUGUAAGACCUGUAAGUCGAGAAGGGUUCAAUGCGAUGAAACCAGACCGGCGUGUAAGGCAUGCGUGAGGCAAGGGAGAAUUUGUCCCGGAUAUCAGCGCGAGUUCAAGUGGUCCACUAAACAUGAGGUCUCUUCGACGCGGAGGCGAGUAGCUGGUAGGGAAGGGCGUACGCGGGUAGAUACCCCCGAGGUGACGGAUGUGAUGGCGGAGGUGGAAAAUCAACAGUUGGAAGAGGCGUUCGAUGCUGCGUCUGGGUUGUUGAGAUCCGAGGGUGAUUCGAAUGAGGAUGGUGGUGAUUCUGGUGCUGACGCUACUGGGCGUAUACCGACUGUGGGGAGUUUGGAUGGAUUGGCGGAGUUGUAUGGGCGAAUCUAUGGGGAUGGGUGGGAAUGGCUGACGGGGUUGGAGGCGGAUACUCAGGGUCAGAGCCCCCUGGAGGCAUUGUCUCCGUUGGAUAUGCCGAUCAAUCCCUUGGAAGAGGCGUUGAACGAGCCGGCCACCACAGUCGAUGCACUCGUUGAGGCUGAAGCAGACCUUCCUCCCCCCCACGAUACACCACCCCAGAUCCUCCCCAGUCCAACCAUGAGCGAGACCACCACUUUUCUGAUCGAGUACUGGUUCAAGAACGUGUGUUCCAUCUGGUCGAGCUUCGACUCCGACCGCAACCUGAUCCGCACGCUGGCGGCCCACACAUGGAGCCACAACGCCGCCGUCUUCCACAGCCUGCAGACCAUGUCAGCCCUACAUCUCGCGGAGCAACUGCCUCACCUGCACGCCAUCGCCAGCACCUCCUGGACCGCCGCCAUGCAGUCCAUCCAACAGGAACUGGCCUCCUGCACGCACUCAACGCAAUUCCCCACGGGUCUCCUCCUCGCCCUCGCCGGCAUCGGCACCACCACCUGCUGGACCGACAGCCAGCAACUGGGCAUCCCCCUGCUGCAGAAGAUGAAGACCAUCCUUGCCUACUACAACCAGCCGGGCAUGCUCGCGCCCACCUCCACGGACCGGGUGUAUCUCGAGUUCUUCAACGACAGCUGCGCCUACUGGGACAUCCUCUGCCGGGUCGUCACGGAGGAAGACCCUGCAGAUGACACGAACAGCCUCAUCCCCGUCCACCCUCCCAGCCAACCAUCCCGCCCACUCCCCCCUGCAACAACCCUAACCUCAACCUCGCCGCACCCUUGGGUGGGCGUCUCCCGCCACAUCCUCGACCUCUUCGCCCACACCCUCCUCCUCUGCCGCCGCCACAGCAAGCGCCUCCUCCACGAUGCCACCCUGCACACCCUGCAGGCCCUGAUCCGCGACAUCCACGCCGCCCGCGCCCUCCGCACCACCCUCUCGGCCAUGACCCUCCCGGACUCCCCCAACCUCACCGAAACCGGCGACGCGCGCACCCCCCUGGCCCAUUUAGUCGAUGUAGCAGAGGGCUACCGCCUCGCCGCGCUCCUGCACCUCUACCACACCUUCCCCGACCUCCGCGCCGACCGCACCCGCGAACUGGCCCUCGCACCGCAGGAUGCGUCGCGGUGGAGCCUCCAGACCCUCGCCCUCGAGCUCCUCGAUCUCGUAACACGCAUCCCCCUGGACUCUGGCUCCAGAGUCAUCCAGCCGCUGCUGUAUCUCUCCAUUGCGACGGGGCUGAGAGCAGGCCCAGAACCGGGGGACUAUCCCCCGCUCGUCGACCCGAUGGCGAUCCAAGUGAGUCAGGCGCGGCGGGUGGUCCUGCAGCGGGUCAGUGGGUGGGAGUAUAGUCUGCCGGCGAAGCCGAUUCAGGUGCUGAAGGCGUUGAUUCAGCGCAUCUGGGAGGUGGGCGAUCGGGAGGUCGCGAUGGGGGUUGCCCGGGGCAGGCGGAAGCAUUGGAGUGAGGUGAUGGAGGAGGGGAGAUUGAGGACCAUGUUUGGCUGA